AUGACUCUCCUCCCAUCCCCCCGGAAGAGGGCGCAGACCAAGACCAGAGUGGUCACUGCCGAAGGACAGUACCCUGAAGAGAACACCUUACCCAAAGGGGGCGUGUUGGCAUUGGAGCAGCUAGUUACUUCCCCAAAAGCCACCUUGAGGGAAGAAGCUGUGAAAGAGAUAGUGAGAGAUAUCUCAGUAAGCUUGCUGUCCUUAGUUGUCACAGCCUGUGGACUUGCUCUCUUUGGUGUGUCUUUGUUUGUGUCCUGGAAGCUUUGCUGGAUCCCUUGGCGAGAACGUGGCCUACCCUCUGGGAGCAAAGACAAAAAGCAAGAAUCGCUGAACUAUACAGACACAGAGACCAAUGACCAUGAAUACAGUGAGGAUUACCUGGGGCAGCCCACUUCCUACCCAGAGUCUUCCCUGAAAAUUAGCCACACCUCCCCUGAUAUUCCAUUAGAUGCUCAGGCUGGGACCAAGGAGAAUUGUGUGCACAAUGUCCGAAUGCAUCGCCAAAUCACAGAACCAACCUCUUCUGCUCGGCACAAUUCAAUCCGAAGACAGCUUAAUCUCUCGAACCCUGACUUCAGCAUCCAGCAUCUUCAAAAACAGGAGCAGACAACUGGGAUUGGGCGCAUUAAGCCUGAGCUGUAUAAGCAAAGAUCGGUGGAUAAUGAUGAUGGACGGAGGAAUAACAGCAAGGCCUGUGGGAAACUCAACUUCAUUCUGAAAUACGAUUGUGACUUAGAGCAGUUGAUAGUGAAAAUUCACAAAGCUAUUAACCUGCCAGCAAAGGACUUUUCUGGAACUUCAGACCCUUAUGUAAAGAUCUAUUUGCUUCCAGAUAGAAAAACAAAACACCAGACUAAAGUGCAUAGAAAGACCCUCAAUCCAGUGUUCAAUGAAGUUUUUUUAUUUCCCGUUCCGUACAAUGAUCUGACCACAAGGAAACUCCACUUCUCUGUGUAUGACUUUGACAGAUUCUCCAGACAUGACUUGAUUGGCCAAGUGAUAGUGGAUAAUUUUUUAGAUUUGGCAGACUUUCCCAGGGAAAGUAAUAUUUGGAAGGAUAUUGAAUAUGUCACAAAUGACAAUGUGGAUCUUGGUGACUUGAUGUUCUCACUCUGCUACCUUCCAACAGCUGGUAGAUUAACUAUUACCAUAAUAAAGGCUAGGAAUUUAAAGGCAAUGGACAUAACUGGAGCAUCAGAUCCCUACGUGAAGGUUUCUUUAAUGUGCGAAGGAAGGCGGCUAAAAAAAAGGAAAACUUCCACCAAGAGGAAUACCCUUAAUCCUGUUUACAAUGAAGCCAUAGUCUUUGAUGUCCCUCCGGAAAACAUUGACCAAAUUAACCUGUCAAUAGCAGUUAUGGAUUAUGACCGUGUAGGUCACAAUGAGGUCAUUGGAGUGUGUCAAGUAGGCAACGAUGCAGAGAGUCUAGGCCGGGACCACUGGAAUGAAAUGCUCUCGUAUCCUCGGAAACCAAUUGCUCAUUGGCAUCCGCUUGCAGAGGGCCCUAUACAGCAGAAAUGUUAUGCAGGCCUUCUGCGCAUGGAUGGCUGCCGAAGAGGCUUCCUCACCCUUUUAACCUAUUCAGCAGAAAUUUUGAAUACUAAUCCUGGUUCAUGA